UGUUUUAGCUGCCUACCAGUGAGGAGGAGCCAGCUAUAUCUCUCAGUCAGUGAAUAACUACAGUCAUCCUAUUAGGCUGGGCAGUGUUCCUUGCAGCUGCAUUUGUCUGAGUGACUAGGAAGAACUUACAGCGUCUACCUAUCGAGCAUUCGGUCCCACCCAGAAGCCUGGGGCAUGAAUGAGGAGGAGAGAGAGCCAUAAAUCCAUCCUACAAGCACAAAGCUGUCUCCCUCUGCAAACAGUUCCUUAGUUUGUUCGGCUCUAAUCACCUAAGGAAGAGCUGGAUAUUACAUUUCCUGCAGUUCCGCGCUGUCAAGUUGCUGCUGCCCUAUGAUAUUGUCGGUGGAAGUCUUUUGCAUGCAACCGACUGCUGCCACCCUCUUAGGAGAGGUAAAGGUUUGGAAAAACGAGGGAUUCCCAGCAGUAAAGUCUCUAUGGAAGUCUGCGAGAAUCGUCUGUCAUGUCCUAAAGAAGUUCUUCAUUGAGAAAGAAGUCCUCUGUACAAGAAAGCCUCACGAUUCCAAAUCCGCAGAUACAAUUAUAGCGGACUAAGUUAUGGCUGGGAGAUAUAUCCACUUGAAGGCCUAAAACCGGUCCAAUCCCUAGCCAAGAUCACCGACGACAAUAAAGACUACUCAAAAUUGGCGACCAAUGAACCAGUCCAUCAUGGCGUCUACUACAGCCAUCAAGGAAGGGGACCUGGAAAAGAGGAGCGACAGCUUCCUUCAGCUAUGGAAGAAAAGAAGAUGUGUCCUGACCGCCGAUGGUCUACUUCUGUACACGGACUCUCGAAAGAAAGGCAAGGCCAAAAUUCUAAAAUUUGAUUCUUUGGCCAAGUUAGAGUGCGUGGAGAGGAAGGGAGAACGCGUCUACUUUACCCUGGUCACCAUGGAAGGACAGGAGAUAGACUUUCGCUGCAGGGAACGCAGCCAAUGGAACGCAGAAAUCACCCUGGCCUUGGUGGGCUUCCAAAACAGACGAGCUGUGCAAGAGCUAAGGGCGAGGAAAGAGCAUCAGGCCCGGGAUUCAGGGGACCGUUUAAGGAGUUGGGGACCAUGAUUGUUCCAUUUGUGGUUUUCUCCUUCCUGUUGAUGGGGCGCAGAUGAAAUGGCUCUGUCUUCUGGCUUUUCCUUUUGUGAUGAUCCUGAGAAGGAGGUCAGCCAAGAAAAGACUGAAGCUACCGUGGACCCCAAUGGCUGACAACAGAACGUCUUGUACCCUGAUCCUUACUAUGCAGAAGAAAAAGUCCUUGGAUAGACUUAGAUCUCUCUACAAGAGGAGCAUAUGAUGCCUUGAACACUUUCUUUAACUACUAUUUGAGACAUUCGUUAAUAGCAAGAUAUAUUUACAGCCAUCGUGACCAGAAGAUGGGGCUCUCUUAUUGCCAUUUCUUUCCCCGUUCCAGUGUGUUGUGUCUCGCAGAAAGUGGAAAGAGGGAGGUGGUUUUGAUGGUGACAAAUACAGAGUUGGUGGAGGUGCAUUAUGGGAAAUCAGACAACUUAGUUAUUCCACUGUAGAGAAGGUGGAGGUGCAAAACUGGUACCAUGCCAUCUAGCAACUUCCCUGUCGAGUAGAAGGAGGUGCAUUAUGGGAAUGAAUCAGAACGACAGCUCUCCUCCCCCUCUCUGCACCUGGCCUGGUCAGCAGCGUCCCUGACCGUGUGUGUGCACGAAGAAAGAAAACGGUCCAGCACUGGUUUGCAGGUAAAAACAGCUUCUUCUUUAUUGGGUC